GACAGACACACUUGUGGACUGCAGCUGCCAGAAGUCACUGCUUUCAAGUUAACUCGCCUGUUGUUUUACUGAUGUAAGAUGGAGGAUGGAAGGAAAGUCCACGUAGAUAUCAUUGGAUGGGCAUGCACAACCCUGUGCUUGGUUUCAUAUGCCGCUGCCUUCUCUCAUGGAGCGAGUCUUUCUGCCUGUACUGACAUGAUGCCGAGGCACAUGAGAGCUCAGCUGCACAGUCCCAGGAACAACUACAUUACCAUCCACACCAAUAUGUCCUUCUUCUUCCCAGGCGACAAGGUACCAGUGACAGUGAGGAGCAGCCGGGAUUUUAUGGGCUUUUUGCUUCAAGCUCGCAAGGUGUCUAAUGAUGAAAUUGCUGGCACGUUUGUUUUCAUUCCUCCUGGCUCCAAACUGCUGACUUGUUUUGAAGAUGGUGAUACUGUCACCCACUCGGACAAAUCACUGAAAAGAAACUUGUCCUUUGUGUGGAAAGCACCAGACCAGCCCAUUGGAGACAUCAAGUUUUUCAUAUCUGUAGUCCAGUCAUACUUUGUUUACUGGGCAAAGAUUGAAUCUGCUACUGUGGCUCAACAAGUGCAAAACAAAACAUCUGCUGAGAGCCAUCAGAAGGCCAAGCCUCUAACCCCUGCACCCUUGCAAGAACUCACUGACCCACAAGUAACAGGUUCUGCCUCUCCCACUGCGAUGACCAGCUUCCCUCAAUACACAAACACCCUGCCUGGGGGGCUGACUGGCACUGCUGCGACAGAAGUACUGGAGGCAGGUUUUGGUGUCCAGACCGAUACACAGCCUGGUGCUGACCCAAAACUGUUGUCUCGGACUUUGCUGGGUGCCACGGCCUUGGCUGCAUCCAGCAGAAUUGGAGGAAGUAGCAAUUUCAGUGGUCAAAGGCUGGAGCCAUCACUUGCUUUCCAAGAACUGGGCAUCCCAAGCGCUUUGCAAAGUUUCCUCUUCCAAGACUCUUCCACCAGCUACAGCACCUCUGACGGAACACAAAGUAUUGCCAGCGCUACCACAACACACUUGUGUUUGACAUGCAGAGAAGGCGGGCAGGUGAGUACUGAGAACUGGGCUGUCUUGAAAACCUCCCUGUAUGCAACAGCUUCUCGUUCUGCCCCACAUGUACACACUCACCUGCUUGAAACGGCUGUGACAACAGCCCAGUUUGGCAAUUCAGAUACUGCCAGCAAUUUGUCAUCAGCUUCAAGGCAAAUGGUGGAAAGAAAGCCAGCACUGCAGCCAGAGGAGGCAGGCUCCAGGGGCAAAGAGGAGGAGGAGGUUGGAGAGGAGGUGGCUGGGAAUACACUGUCGUGGGUGACCAGACCGGUUCCUGAGUCUGCUGUUCCUGGGAAGGGGCAAGACUCUGGCAGAGGGACUCGACUCAUAGCAGCCCAACUUGGCAUCCUCCUUGUCUGCACAGCUGUCCUGGGCCUGGCUCUGGCAGCUGGGCUGCGCUGCCUCUAUGCCCAAUUUUGCCACAAGCGGACAGAAGUGUCCUUCAGUGAACCAGACAACAACGUUAUCACCGUGAGAGAAAACGGGGAGAUGAUGCACUUCCGAAAGAUCCGGGAGAACAGCUUCGUGCUGGUUCAGGCCGAGUAUAACUGGAUCAGCCCUUCAGGCAGCAGGAAAAAGACCAUAAUCUAG